AUGGCCGACUUCCCGGACGCCCCGACCACGGCUCCCUCUGCCAACGGCAACUCUUACGUCCAGGCUACCAAGGACAAUGCCGCCGCUGCCUACAAUCAGCUCGCCAACGGCCCCGUCGCUCAGAAUGUUAAGGAUCAGUCUGCAAAGGCUUCUACUGAGUUCGGCAACCUUGCCGCUUCUCGCAGAACGCCUGCCAACCCUGCCGCCACCGGCCAGCCUUUGACUCACUACCAUUCUUUCUUCUUCGAGCUUAUCUCGUGGAACAACCCUCGUGCUUCGGCCAUCGCCUACGCCUCCAUCGUCACCCUCAUCUUCGCCGCUCGCUACCUCGACAUCCUGAGAUACAGCUUGAAGCUUACCUGGAUGGUGCUUGGCACCACCGUCCUCGCCGAGGUCGCUGGCAAGCUUGUCCUCAACAAUGGCUUGGCCACCCAGCUCCGUCCCCGCCGCUACUACGUCAUUCCGAGAGACACGCUCGAUGCGAUGAUAGGAGACGUCCACGAGCUCAUCAACUUUUUCGUGAUUGAGGCCCAGCGCAUCUUGUUCGCCGAGAAUGUCACUGCCUCCGUUGCUGCCUUCCUCGGUGCCUUCUUCGCCUACUACCUCGUCAAGAUUGUCCCUCUCUGGGGUCUUGGCCUCAUCGGCACCACUUCCGUCUUCAUGAUCCCGCUGAUCUACACUUCCAACCAGGAGCUCAUUGAUGCCCAGUUGAACAAGGCCGGCGAGGUCAUCAACCAGCAGACGAGCCAGUUUCGCAGCGUCGCCCAGAAGCACACUGCCGAGGCUGCCAACAUCACCAAGCAGUACAUGGGCGACUACACUGCCAAGGCCCAGCAGCUGAUUGGUCGUCGCUCUGCCUCUCCCGAGGCCGUCUCUAAGCCCGCCCCUGCUGCCCCCGCGGUUGAAGAGAAGGACUUCCCUGCUGCCCCUAGCAGCGAGUUCGAGAACAGCGAGCCUGUCGUUCCCGAGAAGGAGACCCCCAUGGUCGCUUCCUAA